CAUAGCUUUGCGACAGGAUAGGGAGGAUGCGACGUGUGAAGCUGAAGUCAUGGCGGCCGUAGACAUACGAGAUAACCUCCUGGGAAUUUCCUGGGUUGAUAGCUCCUGGAUUCCAAUAUUAAACAGUGGGAGUGUGUUGGACUAUUUCUCAGAGCGUAGUAAUCCAUUCUAUGAUAGAACAUGCAACAACGAAAUGGUGAAAAUGCAAAGACUGACCUUGGACCACUUGAAUCAAAUGGUUGGAGUGGAGUAUAUCCUUCUCCAUGCUCAAGAGCCAAUUCUCUUCAUCAUUCGAAAGCAGCAAAGACUGACUCCGACGCAAGUUACCCCAUUGGCCGAUUAUUACAUUAUUGCUGGAGUAAUUUAUCAGGCACCUGACUUGGGGUCAGUUGUAAACUCUAGAGUGCUCAGUGCGGUACAUGGAAUCCAGUCGGCUUUUGAGGAAGCAAUGUCCUAUUGCCGCUAUCACCCUUCCAAAGGCUAUUGGUGGCAUUUUAAAGACCAAGAGGAACGAGAUAAAGCCAAACCCAAAGCCAAGAAGAAAGAAGAACCAAGCUCCAUUUUCCAAAGGCAACGUGUGGAUGCAUUACUUCUAGAUCUGAGACAAAAAUUUCCUCCCAAGUUUGUGCAGCAAAAACCUGGCGAAAAACCCAUUCCAGUGGAUCAGAUCAAGAAGGAGCCAGAACCAGCCCCUGAAGCUGUAAAACAGGAGGAGAAGGAGACUGCCAAGAUCACACAGCAGAGCACAAGUACUAAAGGUCCACCAGAGAAACGGAUGAGACUGCAAUGACAGAAGGGGAGACGAGUCUUACCUGGCAAGAAUGUGGCAAAGAGGGGAACCUAAAGUUGUUUCCGGCUUGAAAAUUGCAUGGUGGACUAUGACAUUUCAAGGCUUAAACAUGUGUUAUGUUUUGUCCUUUGAAUUAACUGUUUACAAACCUGUUAAUUGCAACUGUUUAGCCACCUAAAGUUUAUCUUCAAGACUGAAUUUCAGUGUGUAUUUGUAAAGCUUCUUUCCCCUACUAUUUUCCAUGCUUUUUAUUGGUUUUUCCUUUGGCUGAAUUUUUCCUCUUCUUUCACAAAUGUUACACCUUGAAACAUUAUGUUUUUGGAAAGAAAUCCUUUAAGGAAAAACCAACCAACCCAAAAUUAUAUCAUUUAUUGAUAUUCAUCGUUGUCUUCUUUGGUUCUUACUGCUGUGCCAUUGGAACAAAAAGAGCAAAUGUCAGAAGUUGUUGGCUGUAGAUGAAAAGGUUUUCAUAACUACUUUAUAACAUUCAUAUAAUUGGAAGUGAAAUGUAGGCUGAAAUUUCAGAGUCUCCUUUAUCUCUCCUAACACACACCGUAAUUAGAAUACAGUCUCCUUUCUAAUAUUAAGGUUUAUGAGUCCAUAAUGCUGGAUACAUAGAAAUUCUUUGUGUUCAUUAAUUUGUGGAAACAAUACUGUUAUGUCUACAUCAGCUCUGAUGUUCUUUUUCUGAACUUGUAUCUUCAUUUUAUUGCUUUGUUCAAAAAUUAGAAUCAAAUUAAAGUUGGAGUAAAGGAGAAAAAUGUUACAGUAAUCUUGCCCACAUAAUUAUAUUAGAUUUGUCUUCAGUGAUUUUGUCCAUUUGUUUUGGUUAAUCUUGAACAAUAUGUAGAUGGACAUGAAAGAAGGUAUCUAUGUGUAUAUAUAUAUAUGAAUAUUAGAAAAUGAUGGUCUGUUCAGUGGGGUUAUAGUAAUGUCCUUCUCCAUCCAUCACAGCAAUCUUUUCCUGAAAUGUAGACACAGGGUGAAUGUGUAUAAUGGUGUGGUUUACAUUCUAAAGCUUUCAAUAGCAUUAGCCAAGAAUAUCUUAUUUAGCUUUGGCGUCUGAUAACCUGGGAAGGAGGGACUAGGAGCUAUCUGCCAUAAUUUAAUUUUAUUGUACUCUAUUUUUGUACUGUCCAGAACCCUUUUCUCUGAUUUUUUUUAAUAACUAAGGAAAUAAUACGUUAGUGUAUCUGAACCUUAGUGUCAGUGGCCAGCUUCUGAAGAAACUUACUUUAUAAGAUAUUAGAUAUCUGUAGUUUGUAAAUAUAUAGCUUGUAAAUAUUGUUUGAUUUCAAUAGAGAAAGAGGGCAGGAAAACUCUCUUCUUUUGGGGGGCAGAUAUAAAUGUAUUUCUAGUCUUUCUUCUAUUUUGAUGAUUUUGUUGCUGUUAUUUUUUCGUUUUUUACUCGACAAAGCAGAUAAAUGUUUCAGCUUGUUUUUUCUCCUUUCCAUUAUUCAAAUUCUGUAUUGUAUUGAUGCAAAAUAAAACAUUUUAAGCAUUUUGUAUGAACUGCCAACUUCCAAACAAAAUAAAUUUCUUAUUGAGCUGAAUAAAUGACAAGUUGAUAUCACUGUAA